AUGGCUUACUACAGCCCUCCAUAUGUCUGUGACUGUGUCAUGGCUUACUACAGCCCUCCAUAUGUCUGUGACUGUGUCACGGCAGAUAUACAACAAUUCACCCCCCCCCCUCCUACCCCCCUGCUCCCGCCCAUUCACCCCCUCUCCUCCUCCAACUCCUACCCCCUGCUCCCGCCCAUUCACCCCCUCUCCUCCUCCACUUCUUACCCCCCUGCUCCCGCCCAUUCACCCCCCUCUCCUCCUCCACCUCCUACCCCCUGCUCCCACCCAUUCACCCCCCUCUCCUCCUCCACUUCCUACCCUCCUGCUCCCGCCCAUUCACCCCCCUCUCCUCCUCCACUUCCUACCCCCUGCUCCCGCCCAUUCACCCCCUCUCCUCCUCCACCUCCCACCCCCCCUGCUCCCGCCCAUUCACCCCCCUCUCCUCCUCCACUUCUUACCCCCCUGCUCCCGACCAUUCACCCCCUCUUCUCCUCCAUUUCUAACCCCCUGCUCCCGCCCAUUCACCCCCCUCUCCUCCUCCUCCACUUCUUACCCCCUGCUCCCGCCCAUUCACCACCCUCUCCUCCUCCAUUUCUUACCCCCUGCUCCCGCCCAUUCACCACCCUCUCCUCCUCCACCUCCUACCCUCCUGCUCCCGCCCAUUCACCACCCUCUCCUCAUCCACUUCUCACCCCCCUGCUCCCGCCCAUUCACCACCCUCUCCUCCUCCACUUCUUACCCCCCUGCUCCCGCCCACUCACCCCCCUCUCCUCCUCCACUUCUUACCCCCCUGCUCCCGCCCACUCACCACCCUCUCCUCCUCCACUUCUUACCCCCUGCUCCCGCCCAUUUACCCCCCUCUCCUCCUCCACCUCCUACCCCCCUGCUCCCACCCAUUCACCACCCUCUCCUCCUCCACCUCCUACCCCCUGCUCCCGCCCAUUCACCCCCUCUCCUCCUCCACCUCCUACCCCCCCUGCUCCCGCCCAUUCACCCCCCUCUCCUCCUCCACCUCCUACCCCCAUGCUCCCGCCCAUUCACCCCCCUCUCCUCCUCCACCUCCUACCCCCCCUGCUCCCGCCCAUUCACCACCCUCUCCUCCUCCACCUCCUACCCCCCUGCUCCCGACCAUUCACCCCCUCUCCUCCUCCACCUCCUACCCCCUGCUCCCGCCCAUUCACCACCCUCUCCUCCUCCACCUCCUACCCCCCUGCUCCCGCCCAUUCACCCCCCUCUCCUCCUCCACCUCCUACCCCCCUGCUCCCGCCCAUUCACCCCCCUCUCCUCCUCCACCUCCUACCCCCCUGCUCCCGCCCAUUCACCCCCUCUCCUCCUCCACCUCCUACCCCUCUGCUUCCGCCCAUUCACCCCCCCUCUCCUCCUCCACCUCCUACCCCCCUGCUCCCGCCCAUUCACCCCCCUCUCCUCCUCCACCUCCUACCCCCCCUGCUCCCGCCCAUUCACCACCCUCUCCUCCUCCACCUCCCACCCCCCUGCUCCCGACCAUUCACCCCCCUCUCCUCCCCCACCUCCUACCCCCCCUGCUCCCGCCCAUUCACCCCCUCUCCUCCUCCACCUCCUACCCCCCUGCUCCCGCCCAUUCACCCCCCUCUCCUCCUCCACCUCCUACCCCCCCUGCUCCCGCCCAUUCACCCCCUCUCCUCCUCCACCUCCUACCCCCUGCUCCCGCCCAUUCAUCCCCCUCUCCUCCUCCACCUCCUACCCCCCCUGCUCCCGCCCAUUCACCCCCUCUCCUCCUCCACCUCCUACCCCCCUGCUCCCGCCCAUUCACCCCCCUCUCCUCCUCCACCUCCUACCCCCUGCUCCCGCCCAUUCACCCCCCUCUCCUCCUCCACCUCCUACCCCCCCUGCUCCCGCCCAUUCACCACCCUCUCCUCCUCCACUUCCUACCCGCCUGCUCCCGCCCAUUCACCACCCUCUCCUCCUCCACUUCCUACGCCCCUGCUCCCGCCCAUUCACCCCCGUCACCUCCUCCACCUCCUACCCCCCUGCUCCCGACCAUUCACCCCCUCUCCUCCUCCACCUCCUACCCCCUGCUCCUGCCCAUUCACCCCCUCUCCUCCUCCACCUCCUACCCCCCCCUGCUCCCGCCCAUUCACCCCCCUCUCCUCCUCCACCUCCUACCCCCCUGCUCCUGCCCAUUCACCCCCGUCACCUUUGUCCUGUAUUGUGUAG